GAACAUACGCUAGAGGCAGGGCAACCUAAACCAGCAAACACGUCAACCUAAACCAGCAACCCAAGUAGUUAUAAUGUGGCAAAAUGUAAUUAUUAUUAUUUUUUUCAAAUCUCAUGCUUCUCAGAUUUUUCUUUGUGAUUGUGAAAGCCACCAAAACUGUGUCAUGUCAUUCGUUGGUUUUCCUUUUCCUGCUCUCUCUCAAGACACAACUAUGUUUCAUUUUCUAGAGAGGGAGAGAGACAGCACAAAAAGAAAAACCCCUUUUCUUCAUAGCCAACCUCCUCUGAAGAUCCAUGAGCUUCUUCAAGAUCUGCAUCAAUAAUCUUUUCGUUUUCAAUUUGGAUUCUUCAGUUUCUUUCUUUUUUAUUUUUAGUUCUUGAAGAUUUUGUAGUUGGUUUGUGAAGCAUGCAAGCUUAAAAUUGGGUAUUGGGUUUCGAUAUUUUGAAUUGAAGGAUCUUUCUGGGGGGUUUUUAUGUCAUUUCAGCUUAAAAACAUGAUGAGUCAAGCUGUUACCGAUGUUGGGUCUUUCACUUUGGGCGGAAAAUGAAUAUGUUUUUGAGGGAUUGUUUAUAGUUUAAACACCACCACCACCACCACCUCAAUCCCCAAGGACUCACUUUAACAAUUUAUUUUGAGUGUUCCGUAGCUGGAUUUAAAUUUGAGCUGUCUUUUUGUCUUUGGUUGUGCUUAAAGCAAUCAAAUUCUCAUUAACUUCUUGUAGAAUUACAAGUGCUUUUUGAGGGCAACCUUUGUCCAGGAUUGUUGUGGUAUGCUUUCCUGGUGUUCACAUAAUGUAUAUCAGCUUCAAGGAGCAUGCCACUGAGUAUGUAAAGCAGGCAGUUCGGGAAGACGAUGCUGUUAAUUAUAGUAAGGCAUUUCACCUUUACAUGAAUGCAUUAGAGUACUUCAAAACUCAUUUGAAGUAUGAGAAAAACCCCAAAAUUAAGGAAGCCCUCAUGCAAAACUUUAACGAAUAUUUGAGGAGGGCUGAGGAGAUAAGAGCCAUUCUUGACAAUGGGGGAAGUUCGCCAAACUCGAAUCGUGAUGUUGGAGAUGCUAAAUGGCCAAAAACAAAGGAUGGAGAAGGGAAAGAUAAGGAGGAUUCUGAACAAGCGAAGCUGAGAGCUGGGCUCGAUUCGGUGAUAAUUAAGGAGAAGCCGGAUGUAAAGUGGAGUGAUGUGGCAGGGCUUGAGAGUGCUAAACAAGCAUUGCAAGAGGCGGUCAUAUUGCCUGUUAAAUUUCCACAGUUUUUUACUGGGAAGAGACGUCCAUGGAAAGCUUUCCAAUUAUAUGGUCCUCCUGGAACAGGAAAGUCUUAUCUAGCAAAGGCAGUUGCAACAGAAGCAGACUCUACUUUCUUCAGUGUUUCUUCCUCAGACCUGGUCUCAAAAUGGAUGGGUGAAAGUGAAAAGCUAGUUUCAAGUCUUUUUCAGAUGGCUCGUGAUAAUGCUCCAUCCAUCAUUUUCAUUGAUGAAAUAGAUUCUCUUUGUGGUCAACGUGGUGAAGGAAAUGAGAGUGAAGCAUCUCGGAGUAUUAAAACAGAGCUUCUUGUGCAGAUGCAGGGGGUUCUCUUCUAUGCAUUUCAGGGAGUAGGAAAUGAUGAUAAAAAAGUUCUUGUUCUUGCAGCCACAAAUACUGCUUAUGCUCUAGAUCAGGCUAUCCGGCGGCGCUUUGACAAGAGAAUAUAUAUUCCUCUGCCAGAUUUGAAGGCAAGGCAGCACAUGUUUAAGGUCCAUCUUGGAGACACUCCCCACAACUUAACUGAGAGUGAUUUUGAGCAUUUAGCUCGCAAAACAGAAGGGUUCUCAGGUUCAGACAUUUCUGUUGGUGUCAAAGAUGUGCUCUUUGAACUUGUUCGGAAAACCCGAGAUGCGACAAAUGAUAUGUGGGUUCCUUGUGGAAGUACUCAACCAGGAGCUAUUCGGACCACGAUACUGGAACUUGAUGUAAAAGGCCUUGCUUCAAAGAUCCUACCGCCACCUAUCACACGAGCCGAUUUUAAUGAAGUGCUUGCUAGACAGAAGCCAACUGUUAGUAAACCUGACCUGGAGGUGCAUGAGAGAUUCACAAAGGGGUUUGGAGAAGAGGGAUGAUGACUUUUCUAUGGUUUGCAGCAAGGCUUUAUAACUACAGAGAAAAAAAAAACCAAAGAAAAAGAAUGCAGAUGAUAUAUGUUCGAUAAUGUUAGGUUGUUCAGCUCAUUAAGAGUUAAUCUACUGUUCAUAGGUUGAUUAUCCCCUCAUUUUAAAGAACAUAAGGCAAAUGUACGGAUGUUGUACAGUCUUAUGAUACACCUAUAUUUGUGUGUAUAUAUAUAUUCUCAGUAGUUCUAAUUUUCUUGUGAAAUGAGAACCACUUGAUGGGUUCACUUUCAGUUUA